AUGUGCCGCAAUUUACUCUCCACCUGCCCAGACAGCGGCCAGCUCAGACUAGUCUCGACCGUUCCCUGUGUGAACAUCCCAUUCUGCAACUCGUUUGAAUACGUCGAGAUCCACAGGCACCAAACCUCGAGUCUAAAGCCUCGGGCAACGGACUCGAAGCUGUCGCGACUGAGUAAAAAGCGGCGCCCGUUUGCGCGGUCUGCCAAUAAGGAAAACGAGACAAUCCUAGCUUGGCUCUCCUCCUCCUCUCCAUCAGCUUCUCUAUCCUCCUCCGAUGACCUCUCAACCCGAUCCUCGCCCUCUCCUCUCGGCACUUCCGCAAACUCCAGCCUAUCCUCCCUCUCCUCCCUCUCAAGCACCGACCCCACACCCACCGACCGCGCGCGCGAACUCGCAGUCGUGCUCGGCCAGCACCAACCAAAAGUGAAGUCCGUCCUCGGUCUCAGCUCCGUAAACACCAACCAGCUCUGCGGCCUUGCAAUCGCGGCCGUCACUCGCAAUUGCGGGCGGAAAUGCCGCGCGUGCAGCGUCGUCGGCGGCGUGGGCGUGGACGAGCAGGCGGUCGUCGAUGGCGUGCAACAGGCUGGCGGGUGCGGCAGGAUGGGGUCGACACUAAUUUGUGAUGCGGAUGUGGCUGUAAAUAUCGGAAGGCCAAAAUGCUUGAAUGUAUGA